ACACCUGUCUUAUUCUCACUCUCAUUUGGUGGUUUGACACAGCUCCAAAAAUGGAGGUGUGUGUGUGUGAGAAAAAUGCGGAGACUGAAUAGACACAGGCUAUCCGAGAGAAGAAACGGGGUCAGCGGCGGAAAAGGAGGACAUCGUCGGCUCUCGCCCCCCCGGUGACUCCCAUGUCUCUCGUCGGGGUGGGUCUAACCCAAAAUAUUCGUCAUCCUACAAUGGGCUGUGAGAGAUCGACUCAACUCGGAGAAUCCUCUCGCAGCUGGAUAGCCGAAGAUAGGACCAAGACAUCGGACCGAGUCGAUGACCGUGGCCUGUCGGCUUUUGUUCUCCGCCUCUCGGCCCGGUGUCCCGGCAGUCUGCCGUGCUUUGCGCAAAUGCGCUCGGCGUAGAGAAGACAGGCCUCCGAGGAGCACUUUCAAUGUUGAAAUCCAGUCUUUGUCAGUCAGCGUAGUAGGCUAGUGAAUCGAUUUCUUCAUAGUUCCGCUGAGCGGAUGGAGUGAAUUGAGCCAAAAGAGAGAGAGAGAGAGAGAGCGAGAGAGAGAGAGAGAGAGAGAGAGAGACAGACUGCAGUUCUGUUGCGUGUGAUGAUAGGAGACACAAUGACGCUCUUGUCUCUUCUGGGUCGGAUUAUGCGUUAUUUUCUCCUCAGGCCUGAGACAUUGUUUCUGUUGUGCAUCAGUCUGGCGCUGUGGAGUUAUUUCUUUCACACGGACGAGGUGAAAACCAUCGUCAAGUCCAGCCGGGACGCCGUGAAAAUGGUGAAAGGGAAAGUGGCGGAGAUGAUGCAGAAUGACCGGCUGGGAGGCCUCAGUGUCCUGGACGCAGAGUUCUCCAAAACCUGGGAUUUCAAGAGUAACAACGUAGCCGUGUACUCCAUACAGGGGAGGCGAGAUCACAUGGAGGACCGCUUCGAGGUGCUCACCGACAUCACCAACAAGAGCCACCCGUCCAUAUUCGGGAUAUUUGACGGUCACGGUGGAGAGGCUGCAGCUGACUAUGUGAAGGCCCACCUGCCUGACUCCCUGAAGCAGCAGCUGCAGGCCUUUGAGAGAGAGAAGAGAGAUGGUGCUCUCUCUUACGGCAGCAUCCUGGAGCAGCGCAUCCUGACCGUGGAUCGUGAGAUGCUGGACAAGCUCUCUGCAAACCACGAUGAAGCAGGAACGACAUGUCUAGUAGCGCUGCUGUCAGACAGAGAACUCACAGUGGCUAACGUUGGAGACUCUCGUGGUGUGUUGUGUGACAAAGAUGGGAACGCUGUUGCACUAUCGCACGACCACAAGCCGUACCAGCUCAAAGAGCGCAAGAGGAUCAAGAGGGCAGGAGGUUUCAUCAGUUUUAAUGGAUCCUGGAGAGUCCAGGGAAUCCUGGCUAUGUCCCGCUCUCUAGGGGACUACCCGCUGAAGAACCUCAACGUAGUCAUCCCCGACCCCGAUGUCAUGACCUUUGACAUGGACAAGCUGCAGCCAGAGUUCAUGAUCCUGGCAUCAGAUGGCCUGUGGGACGCUUUCAGCAACGAGGAGGCCAUUCGGUUCGUCCGCGAGCGUCUGGACGAGCCUCACUUCGGCGCCAAGAGCAUCGUCCUCCAGUCUUUCUACCGCGGCUGCCCCGACAACAUCACUGUCAUGGUGGUGAAGUUCAAAAGUGGAGCUGGGGGGAGCAGCAAGGCAGGGGAGUAGGUCAGGCUCAAGUUUGGGGCUCACAUUGUGAUCAAUGUUUUCAAUGAUUUUCCACAUCUUCUGGAUGGAGCAGCGAGUGCGAUAUCCCAGUAGGACUGGAGGAAGUUAAAGGUUACUGAGAACUGUACAAGUGCACGCACGCACACACAUACACACACAUACACACACAUGCGAAAACACGUCCAAAUUAGGUUUUGUUUUGUUUGUAGAUUUCUGAUUGAGAUAAGGGCAUUUAAACACAAUACAGAUAUCCUAACCAUCUGCAAACUUCAUAAUGAAAACAUGAAAAAAUAAUGAAGUUUUCCAACAGCAGAGCUGCAUAAACACAGACAGACACCAGGCAGGGGAUUCUUUCUCUUAACCAGCACACUUCAGACUGUGAUUUAUUUACUACUGUAUACCGUUAAUGCACAUGAAUGGUACAGCUCCACUGGAGGCUUCUUCACAGGAGGCUUCAACUAGUGCCUAUUCAAAAGCUACUGUGCAACCACAGGAAGCUAUUGAAAAUGUAUUUGCUAAAACACCACCCUGCUUGCUGCAUUUUGUUGAUGCUCUCAAGUAAUGUACGCGUCUGUUACAUUUUUGAUAUGGAAAAUGUCAAACAUAAAAAGACUCCAGUGGAUCCAUACCUUUUAUUUAACUUGAAGUGAUGCUGCACUUAAAAUCUAACUUUUGAGUAUCAACUACUGGCCGCCUGUAGACUUAAAUGGUAGCUGUUAACCAUCUGUAGUUUCACCCUCUGGCUGCAGUCAGCUUUGAACAGAGUCACAAUACUCACUCACAAUACUGCUGCUGCUCUGUGGGUUGGAUUUCAUUCAGCAUUUAGGUGCUUACACAUCUAAUAAAUGAAAGAGAACUGUCUUUAAGUUAAAGCAGACACAAAAUCUUCUACCGGGUUGGCUCAGUGGGUAGAGCAGGCACACAUAUAUUUAGAGGUUUAUGCCUUGACGCAGAUGUCCAGGGUUUGACUCCGACCUGUGACAAUUUCCUGCAUGUCUUCCCCCUCUCUCUCCCCUUUCUCACCUCUCCUGUCCAUUAAAGGCGGAAAAGCCCCAAAAAAUAAAUAAAAUAAACUUUUGAGUAAACCAAAGGUUAGUGAUACUCAGAAGAUAGAUUUUGCGUUGUAGUAUUUCUUACUUACGAUUUGUUUCUAACAUACAACACAUGCACACAGACACACAAACAGUUAUGUCAAAAGUUGCACUUUUCAGAUGUUUAUUUUUUUGGAAUGGUGAAUUGUUACAUAUAAACUGUAUGUCCUCAGUAAUACAAUAGGGUUUUAAUGUAUGUACAACCUGAUUUAAUUCCUGACCUUAACCUCUUGGUGGAACUAAUGUAAGCUGUUCAAUCAAAGUUGUUUUACACCAUCUGUAUCAGGGCAUGUGCUUUGGCUUAUCCAUGUUCAUGAACAAAGUACAUACAUACAGUAUGUAUCCAUUGACACAAUGUUGGCUGCCUUUUGACCUGAAAGCACGAAACAGGAGGUGCAACAACAGACUUCCACACCUCUGCUGCCAUGAGAAACCAACGCAUGGUGAACUGUACAGCCGGAAUGCUAGUAGCUAGUAAUGUGAUAUGCUCCUGAAGAAAUACAACUGGUGUCAUCAACAGCAACAACCUGUCAAGGAAGGUUACAGUAAACCAGACUUCUACUUUUUUAUGUUCAACUAUGUUUCACAACUGUUUCAUGACCUUUGCAUCAAUUGAGAUAAGUCUUUUUUUAAUUUAAGAGUUUACCUAAUGCCUUAUUUGUUUUUUAUUUUGGUGUCUGGCGGAUUGCCAAAUCAAUAUACUGUACAUUAAUUUAGUGUCCUUCUGUACAUGAGCAAAAGUUUACAGAAAAUUACCCAUCCCUUUAAUUUGAGAAGCUGUCAACGAUUCACACGUGGUGAGGGGAUGCGCAGUGUAAAAAGAAAAAGAGCAGUGUAAAACAAUUCUGUAUGUAAACUAUCAGUAUUAAACAAACUCUUUCAACUGGAA